AUGACGCUAAACUCUAAAGAGUACAAGUUAAUAAUCGAAGAAGAGCCAGGUGUCAAUCUCACACCAACUCCUUCAGAACAAACUAUAAACAUAAAGAAAACCCAAACGCAACCUUCCUUUAUAUCAAUUAUUACAGCAGGUAGUACUCUUCCAAUCUUGACUUACUGUGGUGCCAGUAUUUUGAUGACCGUAACAAAUAAAUAUGUUUUAUCUGGUUAUGAUUUCAAUAUGAACUUUUUAUUAUUAUGCAUUCAGUCAAUAGUAUGCGUUUUUCUCCUCCAAGUCUUCAAAUUAUUUAACUUGGUUACUUAUCGAGAAUUGGAUUAUGUGAUAUCUCAAAAGUGGUUUAUAAUUGCAAUGAUGUUGGUUGCUAUGAUUUAUACGGGAAGCAAGAGUUUGCAAUAUCUUUCAAUUCCUGUAUAUACGAUUUUUAAAAAUUUAACAAUUAUUCUUAUUGCAUAUGGAGAGGUAUUAUGGUUUGGUGGGGCUAUAACAAGAUUAACGAUGGCCA